CAACUUACGCCAUUCCUGUUGUGUUGUGAUUUCUAAAUUUUUCUUAGGCCGUGUCGUCAGCCGUGCAUUUCGUGGAUUUGAUUUUGUUUUUAUAAUUUUCUAAAAAUAUUUAUCUGUAUAUUUUAAAAUUAGUUGUAAGAGUAUGUUUCUAAUUUGUGAAAAUGAUAUAAAACAAAUUUGUUAAUCAUGAGUAAACCUAGACUAUUGUCUGGAGAAGAAAUAGUUGCCAAAGGUGCCACAAAAGCAAGUGUAUCUUUGCCUGAAAUUGGUCUCAAAGAUGUUGUACCAAAUGGAACUUGGCUGGAACAAAAACAGAUCCAAUCUGCAUUAGAUGCCAGAAAAAAUCUUAUUGAAAUUGAAAGGAUUGAAAAAUGCGGGAACAUAAGUCAUGCUCAAUGGCGGGAAGAUCUCAUGCUGGCCGAGGUGACGAACCAGGUUGGUGGUUACUGGCAGUAUCUUGGCCACCACAGCAACAAAGCUUUAUAUUUGAACCCUGAAGAAGCACUGUACUUGAUGGAAGUUAACUGUCUACAUCUAAAAUACAAUGAAGUCACAGUGUCAUUGCAACAAGCCUACUCGUUACUACUUCGUGGCCAAGUAUCCCUCAUGCAAUACAAAGUAUAUGCUUCUCUUAGUCGAUUAGGGUAUAGAAUAUUUAGAUUUUCUGAAUCUAAAACUGGAAAGAUAAAUCCAGCUUCUUCUGCAAAAAGUCAGGAAACAGAGGCUAUUGAGGAUGUCAGUGAAGUAACCAAAUCACAAAAUGUAUCUAGUGACAACAGUGCCAUAAUUGACAAUAACCAAAGUGAUAUUGAAACAAAAAUGGACACUAAUGAAGUAGGUUCACCCGACAAGAUAACUCAAAACAUUCUAAAUAAUGCUGAUUCUUUGCAAAAUUUAGCAAACAAUGUGUGUGAAGUGGAUGUAGAUAAAGGUCUAGAUAUAACAGUAUCAAGCAGUACAAAUGCAUUGAAUAGUUCAAUUAACGAAAGAAGCGAAAUCACAUCCCCUCAAAGGUAUAAAAGUCAUAAAAAGAUAGAAAAGUUACUUCAAAAAAGGCUCCAUAGGAGUCACAGUGCAAAAGACUCUAACAGAUUUUUUGAAGACAUCCCUGAAUUACUACAGAAGGAGACGGUCACAGUGACAGUCCCAACGGAAAAUUUGCCAGAUGGUGUCAAGCCUAGAUAUGCUAGCUAUGAAAUUAAUUUAAAUAAAGUAAGAACUAAAAACCUAAAUACUUCACAAAAUGAAACAAACACGUUUAAUGAAAAUAGACCAGAAUUUAGAUGGCAAAGCUCAACCACUUUUCAACAAGAGUACAAUAAUCACACAUAUUUUUACUCUAAUUUACGUGUUCCACGCCAACCAUUGUUCAAUCAGUUUAAUUUCUGGAGGCCAAGACCAAAUUGGAACACUUUUCCUCAUAACAUAUUUUUCCAAAGGCCUUUUAUGAGAACAGCAUUUUGUGCACCCAGGUUUCAAUUCUUUCCUAGGCCACACACAUACUUCAGGUCAUUCAACUUUACCCAAAGGCCUGAAAAUAUAACAAAUCCAGUUAAUCCAACUGGCAGCACCAGGCCGGUAAUUAAUGAAAGAGUUUCUGCCACGAAUGAUCGAUCCAGUUCAACAAAUUCUAGGAAACGUACUCGAGAUAGCGAACAAGUCAUGCGGUUGAAUACUAUAAAAAACUUAGCAUCAAAUUUGAGAACUAAAGUUUUUCAAGCUGGUAACGAGGUGACAAUUGUAAAUUUCUUACUUAAUCUCAUAAAAAUUUACAAUUUAAGAUAUCAUGCCAGACUUCGUCUAACCGAUGAUUUUGAAAUAGAUGAAAAUGAGAAUAUAGUUGAUACUAUUACACUUGAUGAUGACGAAGUGACUGCAAAAAAACCUAGAAAAGACGAGAGUUGUAAGUUUAAAGAGAAUUUAAAUAGGAUUCAACAAUUAGCUUCUAAAUUGAAGGAGCUCGAUAGCAAAGAAUUGGCUACACCGCAACAUAGGAGGGCGUUGUCGAGUGUUGUCAGAAAAUUCAAUGAUUCGUUUAAUGCCGAUGUCUACAUGAACGACAGUUAUGAUAUCGUGGAUAGGCGACACAUCGUGCUCGAUUCUAGUUCCGAUUCCGAUUGUGUCAUCAAAAAAGCUGAAGUAAAGAAAAGUAAAAAAAAAGCUUCAGUCGGGAAGAAGGUUAGGAAUCCUUUUCAUUUAUUGAAAACUCUAUCGGAGAAGAGCAAAGAAAUGCCUAGUUGUAGUAAGGAUAAUGAAUUUGUAGAAAACACGCUUUCGUCGAGUGAGAAUAACCCAAAUAGUGAAUAUAGUGAAGAUAUGAAAAGGUCGUUCAAAAGUUGGUUGCCGAAAAUCAAUGAUUUCGGGAGAGCUGAGAUUGCGUCCAAAAGUUUGAUGUUGUCAAGAAUAGUGGAAGCCAAUAGGCAAACGUUUUUGUUAGACUUCUUGAAAAACCAUACUUGCAAGUUCGUAAACUGGCUGGACGUAAAAAUUUCUUUCUUGGAGACCAUGGAGUAUGCUUCAACUUUGUUCCAUGAUGACCACGUCAUGGAAAAUAGUUCCGAUUGGGAUUCUAUAAUCAAACCGGAAGACUGCAAGGACACGCCUUCUGUGCUCAAUAAACUGAGUAUAAUUCCUAACAAUAGUGAUACAAAUCUACAAACUAGUCUAAGAAUAGAUUUCGAUGUUUACAACAGAGAUGUGCAGAAUUUCAAGAAGUCGAAUGUACCGACACCGCAUUUUCGCAUUGUAUGUGUUAGCCAAUCAACAUGCCUGCCGGCUGGUCCAGACAUAGCUGCAUUGUGCACUCAAUAUGACGAUGCUCCAAUAGUAUUCGCAGUGGUUGGCGAAUCUGUCUCAUACCUCCAAAUAAAACCUACGAACUUGCCCGUGUAUAUACCUGAAGGAGAACCCGCAUAAUGUAACAUGUCUAUGUAUAUAUAUAUAUAUGUAUGUAAUAUAAUGUUGAAUUUUAA